UAGUCUUCCACGCGAUGGCGCAGGGUCACGUGACUCAGUCAAAAUGGCGGCGGGGCAACAGUGGGUGUUAGUAGAGAUGGUGCAAGCUUUUUACGAGGCACCAGCAUAUCAUUUGGUUUUAGAAGGUAUCCUCAUUUUGUGGAUUAUCAGACUGCUGUUUUCCAAAACAUAUAAACUUCAGGAGAGAUCAGACCUCACAGAGAAGGAGAAAGAGGAGUUGAUUGAGGAGUGGCAGCCCGAGACCCUGGUUCCCCUCGUAUCGAAAGACCAUCCUUCCCUCAAUUAUGAUGUGGUCACGGGGCCUCCAAGCCACAGAAUCAUUGUGAAUGGGAAAGAGUGCAUUAACUUUGCCUCAUUUAACUUCCUGGGUCUGCUCGACAGCGAGCGCGUAAAGCUGAAGGCUUUGUCGUCGCUGAAGAAAUACGGUGUGGGGACGUGUGGACCGAGAGGCUUCUAUGGGACCUUCGAUGUUCAUCUGGAGUUAGAGGAGCGAUUGGCGAAGUUCAUGAGAACAGAGGAGGCCAUUAUCUACUCGUACGGCUUCGCCACCAUCGCCAGCGCUAUCCCAGCGUACUCCAAGAGAGGAGACAUCAUCUUUGUUGACGAGGCGGCCUGCUUCUCCAUUCAGAAAGGCCUGCAGGCUUCACGCAGCUUCGUCAAGUACUUCAAGCACAACGAUAUGGAGGAUCUGGAGCGCCUUCUGAAGGAGCAGGAGAUCGAAGAUCAGAAGAAUCCACGCAAGGCGAAAGUAAUCCGGCGGUUCAUUGUCGUUGAGGGACUCUAUAUCAACACUGCAGAUCUCUGUCCACUACCUGAACUGGUGAAACUGAAGUACAAAUAUAAAGUGCGAAUCUUUCUGGAGGAGAGCAUGUCUUUCGGAGUGCUUGGAGAACACGGAAGAGGAGUCACAGAGCAUUUUGGGGUCAACAUCGAUGAUAUUGACCUCAUCAGUGCCAACAUGGAGAAUGCACUGGCGUCCAUCGGAGGUUUCUGCUGUGGACGAUCGUUCGUUAUUGAUCAUCAGCGUCUGUCGGGUCAGGGUUACUGUUUCUCAGCGUCUCUUCCACCCAUGCUGGCCUCUGCUGCUAUUGAAGCCCUCAACAUCAUGGAGGAAGAUCCAGGCAUUUUCAGGGUGUUACAGGAAAAUUGCAAACACGUCCAGAAAGCACUACAAGGGACUCCAGGGCUGAAGGUGGCCGGCGAGCCUUUAGCUCCUGCUCUUCAUCUGCAGCUGGAAAACAGCACCGGAUCCAGAACAAAUGACCUGAAGCUGCUCCGAGCGAUUGUCGAUUACAGUUUGGAAAGACAGAUCGCACUCACUUUGGCUCGAUACCUGGACAAAGACGAGCGUUUUCUUCCACCGCCAAGCAUCAGAGUCGUCGUGACUGUUGAGCAGACGCAGGAGGAGAUCGAGAAAGCAGCGCAGUGCAUUCGAGAAGCAGCAGUGAAGAUCCUGAAAUGACGAGAGUCACUGACGUGAGAUCAGGCGUGACAGAGCCAUGAUGGCUCGGUGACCUUUGACCCUGAAGACCUGGACUGCACACAACUCGAAUGGAUGAAUACACUGAUUGAACCUG